UUUACUUUUAUGGGUGUUAGUAUUUUUGACGUUAAAUACAGCGAUUGUGUUUUGACAACAGGGAUCAGCCAAACUGACAAAGGACAGUCACAGUGCCCCGUGUAAAACGUUAAUGGACAAAUAAACAAAGAUGACAGAGGAAUUGAACUGUGUUGAGGAAGUGGACGCGCCUAGCGCCACCAUUCCUCGGUUACAGUUCCUGUCGCACCUCUCCAGCGGUUUAGAGGGAAUCCUGAACAGUACACAGCACGCUGACGUCACUAUCCAAGUGGACGACCACGAAUACCAAUGUCACAAAGUGAUAUUGUCAGCUAUGUCGCCAUAUUUCGAGGCCAUGUUUACCCACGAUAUGAAAGAAAACCGUGAAAGUGUUGUCAGAUUACACGACAUAGAACCCGAAAUAUUUCAAAAUCUUCGAACUUUUAUGUAUACAGGAAAAGCCACAGUUAGAGAAGACAACGCGGAAAAAAUCUUUCGCGCCUCGUCGCUAAUGCAGAUACCAUGUUUGCAAGAACGAUGCGAAGAUUUCUUACUUUCUCAAAUUUCGCACGAAAACUGCAUUGGGAUAUGGAAGAUUGCAAAGGCGCAUGCGUGCCAAAAACUUUGUGAGAAAGCAUGGGGCACAAUUCUGGAGAAUUUUCAGAUGGUUUGCACCACAGAAGAUUUUCUGCAUCUGGAUAUAGACGAAAUUGUUCUUAUUUUCCAGGAUGACUAUUUGAAAUCUCCUUCAGAAGAAUUUAUUUGUGAUGUCGCCAACGAAUGGAUCGACUUCGAUAAAGAUCGCCGCUGUCAAAAUAUCUGUGAAAUUCUUCCCGCGUUGCGCCUUCCUCUCGUGUCCUCAGAUUACUUGUUUCAUGUUUUUGACUCUAAUAUUGUGGUCCAGAACAGUCCUCAGUGUAGGUCGGUAAUGCGGGAAGCUAUGAGGUACCACACUUGUCUGUCUAAACGUCAAGAUUUUACAUCCCUUCGCUGUAGCAGAAGAAUGACCAGUAAAGUCGACGAUGUUUUGAUCGUUAUCGGGGGCUUGUUAUCCACCACUCCUCGAUACCAAACGACAAAAGAGGUUCUUUGCUACAGCUUCCAGCAGGAAAAAUGGUUUUAUCUCCCAUGUUUGCCGUACGAUCCUGGAUACGAGUUCGCAGCCUGCACACACGGGGACAGCAUAUUUGUCUCUGGCGGUUGGUUAAAACUCCAAGGCCUUGCAGAAUUUAAAACUCACAAAAAUGAAUGGAAGAUCUGUGAAACCAUGACAAAUGGAAGGUGUGGUCAUGUAAUGGUCUCAGUAGCACACUCUAUCUUCGUUUUGGGCGGAAGAGAUGGGCGGGCACCUGCUAUGACGAAUAUAGAGGAAUUUAAUCUACAAACCGAAAAGUGGUCCAUGGCUGGCGAUCUCAUACUAGGAGUAAGGUCUACAUCUGCAUCGACAAUCGGGGAAAAAAUAUUUAUUUUUGGAGGAAUUACAGAAUCAGAUAAAGACACAAUGUCUGUACAAUGUUUUGAUACGCGACUGCACUGCACUAGUAUAAUAGGCGAUCUUCCCUUUACUUGUCGACUCACCCGAACCGUGAGUUUAGAUAUGUCAGUCUAUGUACUUGCACCAGAUGGUAGAGUUCUUGAAUUCUGUGAUCCAACGUUGAGUAUCAUUUCUCACAACGUUUCACGACCAAGGUCCCGCUGCGAUUCCUCGGAUUCCACAGAUGUCACCGUGACGUCAACAGAACCAUAUACGGUAACGACAACGUUAUCACCAGUGCUGGGGAAGCUGUUAUGUCGAAUUCCAAACUUCAGUCAACAUCACUUUGAGGUGAUCCAGCAUCGCGGGAACAUCUUGCUGGUUGGCGGGAAAACACCCGACAACACAAUUCUGAAGAACAUUAUACAAGUUAACGUUCGUUGUAAAGGGGAUGUCAAGGUCACCGAUCAGUCACCAUUGGAGAUGCCCUCAGCACGUUGGUGCUUCGGAUGUGUCAAAACAGUUGUACCACGUGACUACCUAAACAAUGAAAUGAGGAACUGAUAUGAGGCACUGGAAGCAGUUGUUUUUAACAAAGAAAAUA